AUGCUUUUCGAAAUAAAUCAACCCACGGACUUAAUGACUCCUACCAUCGUUCCCAAUGGUAUGGUCAAAGUCAAUCCUCUGUUCACAUCCAACGGAGUUCUUCCUACUGAAGAGAAUGACACCCAAUUUCCUUUGAUAACAUCCGAAACCAAUGAAUAUAAUUUAGUAACGACAGACAAUACAACUGAAAACAAUGAUAAUAAUCAAAACAACUACGACCUCUUAUCCUCAUUUGAUUUCCCUGUUUUAACUGAACUUGAAGAUCUACAAUUCGAAAAAUACCUUAGUCACACAUCUUAUCCAACAAAUACAAUCGAUUUACAGCCUCUAUCCAACUCCGAUGAAUCAACAUUUUAUGCAGUUGAUGACAGUACAUCGCCAUGGCUCGGUGGUGAAUGCACAGUUGGAUCGGAGAGCGCCGUGGAAGAUAUGGAGGUUCCACCAUCACCGGUAUUUUCAACCACAAGUGGUUCUUCUUCCGUGAUUGAGAAACGGGUGACAAAGAAACGAGCGUUUUCAACAACUGAACGCAAGCUACGGAAGAAAGAUCAAAAUAAAGCCGCAGCAGAGAAAUAUCGUCUCAAGAAAAAAUCCGAGCGAGACGAAUUAGUCUCGCGGCAUGCUGGUUUAAAAAGUCAAAAUCAAGAAUUAAAAUUUCAGCUAGAUAAUCUAACAUUUCGUCUAGAACAAUUCAAACAAUUGUUUGUAGACGUUCUACAAAUUCCAAUUCCCACAUCAAAAUAA